AUUUUUUUUUAUACAUAUUAUUUCGACUUGGACAGCUUCUGUUCCAUUCUUGAAGACUUUGUCCCCCGUUCUUCACUUUCCGUCCCGGACUCAUAUUUCCUGCUACGAUGGCGUUCCGCGCGCCCUUGAGGCUUCAAUUGACCAAAUUGAGCCUUCCCACCACCCAUAUCACCCGCCGUGCCAUCUCCUCUACCAUCGCCCGACAAACAUCUCUACCCAAUCCCGAUCCGACCGAAGAUUCGCCCAGCGCUCAACUCAUCCGCGAACAUGCCCCCUACAUGGUAGCAACCUACUCCCGGCCGCCGCCCGUCUUCGUGAAGGGAGAGGGUUCGUGGCUGUGGGACGCCGAGAACAGGAAGUACUUGGACUUCACAUCUGGCAUUGCCGUCAACAGCCUCGGUCAUUGCGACCCCGAAGUGGCCCGCCUCGCUGCCGAACAGUCUGCCACUCUGAUCCACGCAUCGAAUCUUUACUAUAACCCCUGGACGGGGGCCCUCUCCAAGCUCCUCGUCGAGAAGACCAUCGAGUCCGGAGCCAUGCACGACGCCUCCUCCGUCUUCAUCUGCAACUCGGGCUCCGAAGCCAACGAGGCCGCCAUCAAGUUCGCCCGCAAGGUCGGAAAGGCCCUCGACCCUUCGGGCGCCAAGACCGACGUCGUCUCCUUCACCAAUGCCUUCCACGGCCGCACCAUGGGCAGCCUGUCCGCCACCCACAACCCCAAGUACCAGGACCCCUUCGCCCCGAUGGUGCCCGGUUUCCGCCAGGGCGCCUACAACGACGUCGACGGCAUCGACGCCCUCGUCACCGAGACCACCUGCGGCGUCAUUGUCGAGCCCAUCCAGGGCGAGGGUGGCGUGACCGCCGGCACCGAGGCCUUCCUCGUCGCCCUGGCCCGCCGGUGCCGCGCCGUCGGCGCCGUCCUCAUCUACGACGAGAUCCAGUGCGGCCUCGCCCGCACCGGCCGCCUCUGGGCCCACGGCCACCUCCCCCGGGAAGCCCACCCGGACGUCCUCACCACCGCCAAGGCCCUCGGCAACGGCUUCCCCAUCGGCGCCGUCAUCGUCAACGACGCCGUCGCCGACAAGAUCAAGGUCGGCGACCACGGCACCACCUUCGGCGGCAACCCGCUCGCCUCCCGCCUCGCCCACCACAUCGUCUCCCGCCUGGCCGACCCGGCCCUGCAGGCCGCCGUGCUGGCCAAGUCGGACGUCUUCCGCGCGCGGUUCAACGCGCUGCGGGAUCGCUGGCCCGAUCUCAUCCGCGAGAUCCGCGGCAAGGGUCUUAUCUUGGGCCUGCAGCUCUCCCAGGACCCGGCGCCCAUUGUCAAGGCCGCUCGCGAGCGGGGUCUCCUUGUGCUGGAGGAGGCCAUCGCUGCUACGAGGGCGUAAAAUUCGGGUUAUGAACAUGUGUGGGGAGGGGAACUGGACAUGAUGGGAUGAUAGAUGUUCGAUUUCCCUUAUGUACAUGGUUUCCUUUUCUUUCUCUUCGUCUUGUCUGUUCCUAUUAUUUUUCUUCCCUUUCCUAACGAUCUCCGGCGUUGGCGUUGCAAGAAAAAAGUCGUCUUAGAUGAUGCAUAUAGAGAGGU